GACAGGUUAGGGGAGGGUCUGAACUACGCGCUUGGGUGAGCAGAAGUGGGGCUGUGGUCCGGUCCUCGCUAUGAGCUGCACUAUCGAGAAGAUCCUGACAGACGCUAAGACGCUGCUGGAGAGGCUGCGGGAGCACGAUGCGGCCGCCGAGUCGCUGGUGGAUCAGUCGGCGGCGCUGCACCGGCGGGUGGCAGCUAUGCGGGAGGCGGGGACAGCGCUUCCGGACCAGUAUCAAGAGGAUGCAUCCGACUUAAAGGACAUGUCCAAAUACAAACCUCACAUUCUGCUGUCCCAAGAGAACACACAGAUUAGAGACUUACAGCAGGAAAACAGAGAGCUAUGGGUUUCCUUGGAGGAACACCAAGAUGCUUUGGAACUCAUCAUGAGCAAAUACCGGAAACAGAUGUUACAAUUAAUGGUUGCUAAAAAAGCAGUGGAUGCUGAACCAGUCCUGAAAGCUCACCAGUCUCACUCUGCAGAAAUUGAGAGUCAGAUUGACAGAAUCUGCGAAAUGGGAGAAGUGAUGAGGAAAGCAGUUCAGGUGGAUGAUGACCAGUUUUGUAAGGUUCAGGAAAAACUAGCCCAGUUAGAGCUUGAAAAUAAGGAACUUCGAGAAUUAUUGUCCAUCAGCAGUGAGUCGCUUCAGGUCAGAAAGGAAAACUCAGUGGACACUGCUUCCCAAGCCAUCAAAUAACUUCAGCUGCUGAAUGACAGCUGGAGAUUGUUUAUUAAGGAAGGAAGUUAUCUUCCUGUUUGAGUAAUGUCCUUUCAGCGUCCUGCCUCAGACUUGAUUUAGUAUUGAUUAAAGAAAUCAGGUGGCAGUUUAGAAUUGGCAGUCAGAGUUGGCUGUCCACAAAAGUUUUGGGGUGUGUUAGUGAAAAUACUGAAUUUCACCAUUCCCUUCUCUAAGAGACUACUUUUAAUUUUCAUUUCUGGGACCUUGAUUUAUAUAAACUGUGUUUUCAGUUCAUUUUUGUUUUUUCACAUCUCGGAAACUUUAAGCAUUGUAUCAUAAGGCAGUGAUUUUAUUUUAUAUAAGAUUGUAAAUCGCAAUUAUGAAUCAUUUAAAAAGAGAUUAACUUCUUAAAUCUAUUUGGCAUAAACCUGGAUUAUUUUCCAUUUAAGAAAAACAAAAUUCUGCAGAACUAGGUUGUCAAGUUCUCUGAUUUGUAAUGUCAUUCACCUUCUAUGGAGUUGUAAGUCUCUCUGGUGCUAAGAGUUCGCACUUCAUGGCCUGUGUCUUUACUCAUAAUUUGAGAGAACUUACUGCUAGUCUCCAGGAAGCACUUGAAAAUACACCAGCUGGUGCUGGCGGUGUGGCUUAGUUGGUGGGAGUGUCAUCCUGUAACCAAAAGGUUGCGGAUUCAGUUCCUGGCCCAGGCACGUACAGGAGGCCACCAAGCAGUGCUUCUCUCUCACAAUAGAUGUUUCUCUCCCUUCCUGUCUCUCUCUCUAAAAGCAAUGAAAAAAUGUCCUCAGGUGAGGAUAAAAAAAUAAUGUCAGCUGGGUUUUUUUUUCUAUAGAAUAGUCAUUGUAUGUUCAAAGACUGCUGAGAAAUUUGUCCUGUGUACGUGGACACACACAUGCACACUUAGUUGAAAUGCUAAAAGUAGCUUUUAUUUUUUUUCUAUUCAUAAUCAAUUUUUCAAUUUUUUCCUACUAGGAAAUCUUAAACUUGGAUGAUUUACCUAGUGUGAAGAGCAUACAGGUUUAUUCACAUCUAAGUUCUUAGGUACUACAUUCUACUAUUUAUAUAUAACUUCUGUUUUAUAAUUAAGAACGCUCAUUUACUUGGAAAUCUUUCAUUACUAGUACCAAUAGUUGGCUUUCAUUUUAGAUCCAUUUUUCACAAGGAAGCAAAGUUUUAUCACUUUAUGAGAGUUAUCACAUUCAUAGUGCUGUGUAAACAACCAAGCAAUGCUGAGAUUCAAAUGCUGAGUAGUCAGCUAGGCUCAUUCAUCAACUCAUUCCCCCAUCUCAGUUUAUUCCCAUUACUUCACGUUAUACUAUCAAUUUAGGUUUGCCCCCAAUAAACUGAAAUAGUGAACGCUAAACUUGUCAAUAUUUUCCAAUAACAUUAAGCACCAUAGUGCAUGGGAGAGGCACUGUACUAAAGAGUUUUAUGUUAGUGUUUUGUGUGAUGUAAAAUUUAUUUUCUACUGCCAUAAAAAAUUCCCAUUAAAACAAGAUCUUUCCAAGAUAUCCUAAAAGUUUCUGACCCCAUUAGUAAUACUAGUUGACUUUGCUUACAGUGGUGGUCUUCAAUGAAUAGGUAUAUGUUCUUCUAGAAUUUAUCAAAUUUCUAUUCAGAGUCCAAAAUAGAAUUUGAAAAAGCAUGUCUACCCCAAGUGUGGGCAUCUUUAUCUCACUUCUCAAGAGGUAAGUAAACUUUUAGCCCAGCCAUUUGCCUUGAAGUAUAUGCCCUAAGUGCCACCAUAUGUUCUGCAAUUCCAAUUCAGAAGGUAGGUACCCUAUACCAUUUGUCAGAUGCCAUGGCCAGUUUUCAGUGAAAAUGGUAAUCAAAUGGCCCAUUGAAGUAUAACAUGGUGUUCCUUUAUCUGUCUUAGUUUCUUUUAAGUUGUUUUUAAAGUGCUUUACAUCUCAAGUAUCAGGAUAGAUCUGGAUGUUAACUUUUCCCUUGGCAACUCAAAAGCUUUAAGUAUGAGUGAGUCUAGCUCUCAGCGCUAUACAUGAUAUAAAUUCUGGCUGGUGUUAAUGCUUUGAAGAUAAUGUGUCAUUAAAAAGCAAAGUGAAAGAA